UAUUUGUCGGAGUGUGCGCAACCGUACAGCAGGCAUCUGCCUAUAGGCUAUGUGAUUAUUAUUGUAUGUUGAUUGAUGAUCAUACAUUCUUGUUAUUUUUUUUUAUGAUGUCAGUGUGCCCCAGCAGAGAGAUGCAUGGCUGAGGAGAGCUGUAUUAAGUAGAUCUGUUAUAAACUUUGAUGUGUGACAGAUGGGUAGAAUAGAAUCUCCAGGCCAUUACACUAUUAAUCCACCUAUUUGACUCCACCUCUGCUGAAAUAGCCAUUAUCAACAACAUUUGUGGUGGCUUUUCACUUUACAAUAUAUUGAUGUAUUGACACACCUUCAAUGACCACAACCACAAUCUAUUAUGUUUAGGCUACCCUUGCACAAGCAAGCAACAUGUGCCCUUCAAUUUUCAGAGCCACUCUGAAUGUCAUAAAUAAAUUAAGGGGGUCAUGGCCAGCUCUAGCAUUAUGGGGGCCCUAAGUGAGAUUUGGUUGUGACUGUCAGUGACUGACAAGAGUAAAACUGCGGAUGCACAACCAAAUUUCGAACUUGCACCUUGUGUAUUCUACUAUUCUAACUCUCAACAGUAAAUUGAGACCACAACUGAGCCCCCCCCCCCCAAAAAAAGAACAAAUUAUAAUAAUAUUAAUUGUUUUUGGGGGGGGGUUUCGGGGGCUCUCUAGCGGCUGGGGGCCCUAAGCAACUGGAGCCGGCCCUGAGGAGGGUAUUUUUUUAUUUCUGUAGGUCAGAGAACAAACAAUGUGGUUGGUAAGUGAGCUGUCACACCUGCCACUGGCCUAUAGGCUACUUCUCAUAGAGAGGGGGACUAUGUAGACCACUAUGCGGCUCGUGUGUUGACAUUUGUGUUGUGCGCUGUGUCCCUCUAUAUCUGCUGCUGCCGUGGGUUAGUGUUGCAUCUCUAAACACACACUCUCGCUGCCACAGAAAGUGUGUGUGUUAGAGUGUAUUAGAGAGAGACCUAGCUAGUUCUACCUGAGGCAGAGGAGCAUGAAAUAUUGGUUUCAUGCACAGAAAGUCAAUCUUCCCCCCUCCAUCUCCAAAACAUACAGUAGUUGAAAGGGAAGACACAAGGAGGGAAUGGGGUAGAAAGGGGGUUGGAGGACUGAAAUAUGUUGCUAAGCAACAGGGAAGUAGACCACGAUGGGGGUAGAAAGUUGGUACCCACCAGCUUGCCUGUGGUUCAGUAUGGUGAUGAUGUCAGCAGUGGUGUCUGAGGACUAGGGGGCAGGAGGUGGACAGGUACUCAAUGUGAGCCAGCUCCCCCCACCCGCUUCUGGCUCCAUGCCAAUCCCCCCCUCCUGUCGGGCCACAGGGCUCUGUGAUAGAUGGAGAGAUGGUCUGUGACCAGAGGGAGGACAAGGGAGGGGGUUGUGAAGGACAAACAAACACAGGUCACUCAUCUUCUCAUUCUACAUUGGUAUCAGUUACACACCAGAGGAGUCUGGUGGGAGGAGCUAUAGGAGGACAGGCUCAUUGUAAUGGCUGGAAUGGAAUCAAUGGAACAGAGUUAAACACGUUGUUUCCAUGUGUUGGAUGUGUUUGGUACCAUUCCAUUGAUUCCUUUUCAGCCAUUACAAUGAACCUGUCCUCCCAUAGCUCGUCUCACCAGCCUCCUCUAUUACACACCCAGCCCAGCAGACUGCACAUUCCUCUCUCUAUCUCACAAUCGCUCUCCCAUCCCUUCACCGUGAUGUAUAGUUACUAACCAGGUUGAUGGAUCAAAUGCAGCAUAAACAAAGCAGCACAGAUCCAGCCAGACACUCUGGACAACCUGGGAGGAAAACCUUUCCAGGACCUGCUCUACCCCGGCGACCAACAGCUCAGGACACCUCUAUCCCCAGUCCCACAGGGGGGUCUGGGAAACUCCCAGGACUGGCCUCAGGUGUACGUCAGAUGCCAGACCAGGUGAGGCUGGAGCAUGUACAACCUGGGUCCAGUCCUGCAGUUCCAGUCUAUUUCAGCCGUCCCAGACCUACUGCACUAAAUUCCUCCAGAGAUUCAGAGGCUGAUAUGAAGGAUAAGGCCUCUAUUCCAAACCGCAUUCCUGGACCACACAGCUCCAUCUCCCUGUCCCAGUCCCCUACAGAGUCUUCCCUGUUGUCCCGCAGCCCUCAGAGUCCUCACAGCACUCAGCCUUACACCGGCCAGCCUUACCUCAUCCCCCAGCCUAACCUGCCUCAGCCCUGCCUCACCCCACCAUCCAGCCUCAGCCCCAAACCAGGCUCCAGUCCACAGUCCCAGAGGACCAGCUCCCCUCUGGGCGCUAUGGAGAAUCAGCCACAGACUGAAGGAGAAACGGAUCACGGUUUCAGGGUGCACAUUGUCACAUGGAAUGUGGGCUCUGCUGUUCCCCCUGAUGACGUCGCAUCUCUGUUUGGGCCACAUGCUGGCGAUGGGAGCACAGACAUGUUUAUCAUUGGGCUUCAGGAAAUGAACUCUAUGAUCAACAAGCGGCUGAAGGACGCUCUCUUCCACGACCAGUGGAGUGAGCUCUGCAUGGACACACUCAGUCGCUUUGGAUAUGUGCUGGUGGCGUCCCAGCGUAUGCAGGGGGUGCUGUUGCUGGUGUUCUCUAAAUUCUGCCAUCUUCCAUUCCUGAGGGGGGUGCAGACAGAGAAAACACGCACAGGCCUCGGGGGCUACUGGGGUAAUAAAGGGGGUGUAAGUGCGAGGAUGACGAUGUUCGGCCACCCGGUGUGUUUCCUGAACUGUCACCUGCCGGCUCACAUGCGGAACCUGGAGCAGCGCAUGGAGGACUUUGAGAGCAUCCUGCAGCAACAGCAGUUUGAGGGCGCGACCGCCUCGGGUGUGCUGGACCAUGACGUGGUGUUCUGGUUUGGGGAUCUUAACUUCCGCAUCGAGGACUAUGACAUUCAUGUGGUGAAGAGUGCCAUUGACAGCAAUAAGCUCCCUUUGCUGUGGGAGCGAGACCAGCUUAACAUAGCCAAAAACAGUGAGUCCAUCUUAGAUGGCUUCUUGGAAGGCCCUCUCAAAUUUCCCCCCACAUAUAAGUUUGACGUGGGGACACACACAUACGACACCAGCAGUAAGAAGCGAAAGCCAGCAUGGACAGACCGUAUCUUGUGGCGUCUGCGUUGUACGGGCUCCCCUGUUCCUACCCACAAUGCCGCUCUGCAGCGUGGCCUAACCUCGUGGCUGGGUGGGGCAACCAAGGUGGUGCAACACUCCUACCGCAGUCACAUGGGCUACACCUGCAGCGACCACAAACCGGUCUCUGCUGUCUUCUCAUUACAUUUCCCAUUCAAAGUGGACCUUCCUCUUGUAACGUUAGAGUAUGAGAAGGAGUGGAAUAAAGUUUCUGACGCUACAGUCAGAUUCACUGUGAGGUCCAGCUUCCAGCGCAGCUCAUGGGACUGGGUUGCAAUAUACAAGGUUGGGUUCAAACAUCACAAGGACUAUGUAGCAUAUGUGUGGGCCAAGGCAGAUCAUGGGUCACAGGUGACAUUUACAGAGGAGGAUUUACCCAGGGAUGCAGGGGAAUACAUUUUGGGUUUCUACAGCAACAACAUGAAUACCAUUAUCGGAGUGACAUUGCCCUUUCAGAUCCAUGUUCCUGUGCGCAGCCCGACAGCCCCACCAGUAUGCCGCUCAGACAGUUCUGACGUCAGCUCGGAGGAUGACAGCACACUGGUCCUGCUGGCCCCUGCUAGCUCCCGCAGCCCAAGCCCUGGAAAAGGCAAACACCACCAUCGUCACCGCCGCAGCCGCAGUCCUGCUCACUCCAACACCCCCAUGCCCUCCCUGCAGGGCCUCAGCUUGCACCCUCGUCCCCUAGAGGGGCUACCAAGCAGCCGCUCACCCUGCUCUGCAGCCAAGAAGGAGCGCCUGGUCUCCCCCCAGGACACCCUAUCGUCGCCCAUCAGCCCACUCACGCCCCGCAGCCCUGUGUCCCCCGGGGGUGGGGUCUCAGCCCCAGAGGCUCUGAUCGCUGCCAUCCUGGGGGAACACAGGCCAACUCAGGUCACCUCCACAGGGGGCAGGUCACCAGGCAAGACUGGAGAGACAAGUUUAUGAGAAGCCCAAGCAACAAUCUCUGUGGGGUCAUGAAUGUGCACAGACAUUAAGAUAAGACUGUUGAAAUGAGGCCAGUAAAGACUAUAUGAUGAUAGAAUCUAGGGCUGAUAUGGUCCAUUAUUCUGAUGCUGAUCUGACCCCACACUGUCACUGCGCUCAUAAAAGCAGUGCAUUGUAUGACUUGUAGUUUGCAACAUUCCACAUGGUAGUGAACCAGUUGUCUCUGUUUCUUAAUCUACUUAUCAGUGACUUCAUCCCAUACAUACACUGUGUGUACUUUGGAGUCAGGAGCUAGUCCAAAUCGAUAACAGUCUAAGUCUUACCCCAAGAAGUGCUUUUACAGACUCAUAUCAAUACUCUAUGUACACAAUAAAUGUAAAGCCAAAGCAAGAGUAAAUCUGCAAUGUACAGUACUGCUGUUGUUAUGGUAAGUUUAAAGGAUGUGUAUAUGCCCUACCCAUAUGGGCUGGAUCACUUGGUGUGGUAUGAUAUCCAUCUUUCCAUGCCCCUAAGCGCCAACUGAUAUUAAACCACUCCAACUGGUUUGUUUCUGAAUCUCCCCAUCUUGUGUAUAUGUGUGUAGAAUUGUACAUGUUUGAGAGAAAAAAACAUUCCUGUCUUAUUUUCAGAGUGAUAACUAUUCUAAUGAUUUGGUGGUUUGUUUUGGUUGUGGACAUAUUGGUUGUGUGAGGAAAAUAAAAUUAUAAUCCUGAGAAAA